CCUUAAACACACGGAAAGAAAAAUCCAAGCUCUGUGAGUGUUGGUGAGCUACAGACAAGGCAAGACAUAUUUUUUGUUUUUAGAUACACACACAAUCAUGACAACCUGCAAAAACACCAUAAAGAAAAUGCUGCCAAAGACCUAUUUUUGUAAACAUGUGGCUGAUGAAAUACAUGUUGCAUUGAUCCAUUUCAAAGGCCUUGUUCCAGUGGUGGAUAAAUACAUUUACAGUGAUGGAACCACCAAGGUCUUGAUGAGUCUAACAGGAACUAUCCCCAUCCUUUUUGAAGACACAAGUUAUAACAUCCCCAUAUGUGUGUGGCUCGAGGAGUCCUACCCUAAGUCAGCCCCCAUCUGCUACGUCAGGCCCACGAGGGAGAUGAUGAUCCUGCGGGGAAACUACGUCUCCAGCAAUGGUGAUGUCUUGUUGCCGUACUUGCAGGAGUGGAAGCAGGGGAAGUGUGACCUGGUGAGCCUCCUGCAGGUGAUGGUUGCCAUGUUUGGAGACCUCCCUCCUAUCUGUAUGCAGCCUCAUCGUCACCCUGCACAAACAUCCUGUUCGCUGCAGUUCCACAAACAAUCACAGGUGCUUUCCCGGACAGACGGCAGUUUGUAUUUGUCUUUAUCAACAGAAGAUGGCCAACCUGUCCUUCAAGGAAAUGAAACCAGCUGUUAAAAGAUUUCGACAUUAACUUGCUUUAAGUUUCUUGUGAAAAAUAUCUCGGGCACAGUAUAACAUGAACAUAAUUGGUUGUUGUUUGAUUCAUUUCACUCUUUUGUCAGUCAAGAACUAGCAUUUUAUCAUUACAUGUAUAUAAAUGACUUGCAAUGUAAUUGUGUGUAAGAUUUAAGAUGCAUUGCCUCAUAUAUACUGUUUACUAUCAUAUUGUACAUUAAGCCUAUGUGUGUGUGUGUGUAUAUAGUAUAUUUUAUAAAUCAUGCAUGUAUGUGUAUAUACGUAUUUAUUUAACAUAUACUACAUACUUAUUAUUAUCCAGCCGUCCGUCCAUCCGUCCGUCCAUCCAUCCAUCCGUCCGUCCGUCCGUCCGUCCAUUCAUUCAUUCAUUCAUUCAUUCAUUCAUUCAUUCAUUCAUUCAUUCAUUCAUUCAUCCAUUCAUUCAUUCAUCCAUCAUUGAGCAAUAGGCGGGGGACACCCUGAACUGGUCGGCAGCCAAUCGCAGGGCACACAGAGACAAACAGCCAUUCACACGCACAGACUAUUUAAAAUGGUUAGGCGGCUUCCCAUCCAUGUUUUUGGAAUAUGGUAUAAGCCCUUUCUUUCGGCGAAAUGUCACUAAAGUAUUAAGACGAGAACAAACUAAAUUCCCGUUUCAAUUAUUUCUGUGCUCUAUCUGCUGGUUAAUGCUGCAUGAAAUGGUGUUGCUAAUAAAGUUUUUACAAAUAA